ACUAAUAUCGUACACAAUCCAACACCAGUAGUACAUUAUAUCACUGAUACAUGACGGGGAAAAACUCACAAAUAUCUCUGCAACACCCACUACACUAUGCAACCUGUCAUUUUUCACAGUCUAGGUAUGGGAUCAAAGGAUCAGGUCACCCAUCAAACAACCACCAUUAGAUGCAUAUAAAUCAACACGCACAACUAAAUAUGACCCUUCUACUGACCUGCUCUACUAAAAAUCCCUCCAGAUUCUACGCAUAUGUUAUCAUAUCACUAUUCUUCCUCGCUCUCAACCCUCGCCACAACCGCCGAGUGACCGCAAUGACCGCCCCACGACCCGCCACCUGCCUCAGAGCCCAGUCACACUCGCCCACCAUCACACUACGCCACUCCUCAGCUCACUCGGCAUCCGUUAACUCCACUGAAACUGUCAUCUGCUGCAGUACUGAAGAGGUAGUCAGGAAGUGAGCACAACACAGCAUGAAGACCCCAGGAUGGAGCGCGAGGGUCUGGCGAGACCUGACCACGAAGAAGUUUGUGCCUCUCAAGAUCCUCUACUUCCUCGUCUCUGCAGCAACCUCGGCCAUGAUGCCAUUCCUCACACUGCACGCGAGGUCGCUGGGCAUCCUGGAAAUGGAGCUGGGGAUCGUCUUCGCCGUCAACGCGGUGUUCACCAUCCUUGUGCCCACGCCGGCUGGGAUUUUGGCCGAUAAAAUUGGAAACUUUAAGGUGUUCCUGAGCUUCAUGAUGGCAGCAAGUGGCGGUGCCGCCCUCGUAUUUUCCGCUGUGCCCGUGGCGCGCCGCUACCACAACCUACCAGAAUCGCUGCCCCUCACCCUAUCCCUCGUGGAUGACGGUCUGGCCACUCUCUCCGUUCCUCCGCCUCUGCAGUGUGACUACUUGCCUCUCCUCGAUAACCUCACCAUCACGAUCGCCAACUGCAGCCUCUGUGAUCCCGGCAGUGUACCAGAGGAUGGCUGCGUUCCUCCUGGAUUAGAUGUGUGUCCUGGACAGCAGGUGGAGGCGGCAGGUGAAACUCAAAUGCAAGUGAACAUCGCCACAUCGAAUGACAGUGUUUGGAACGCCCCAUAUAUGGAGGUGAUGAGCUGGAGCGACGCAGAGUUCCUUCCUCAGAGUGGUGGCGAAGAUCAGUGGUGCCCCAUGCAGUGCAUUGUCACGGUGCUGCGGCCAGAUCUAUGCACCAACACGCACACUCUUGAAACUUUUGAUAUCACCAAAACCAUCUGGCUGUACCUCAUGGUCCGCAUACUGAACGGCAUAACACUUGCCGCCAGCUUCUCACUUUUUGACGGGGCGACAAUGGCCAUCACGAAGCAGUACGGCGGUGAUUACGGCCUGCAGCGGCUCUACUCCAAUGUGGGCUCCAUUGUCAUGACACCGAUCUCGGGUGCUCUCAUUGACUACUUCAGUGAUCGCGGUGGCCUGCAGGACUAUCGGCCAACAUUCUACCUGUACUGCGGCCUGAAGGUGCUGGCGGCGGUGGUUAUUCUCUUCCUGGACUUGGAUUUCCGGCAGCCGUCCAGCAGAGUACUGAAGGACUUCCGAUCACUCCUUAAGAAGCCGGAGAUCCUGUCCUUCCUCAUUGUGAUGCUCAUUGCUGGGACUUGCUUCGGCGUGCUGGACACCUUCCUGUUCUGGCUGCUGCAGGACCUUGGCGCUCAGAAGUACCUCAUGGGCAUCACGGUGACAGUGGGCUUCUCUGCCGGGGUGCCUGUCCUCGUGGCCUCGGGGUACAUCUUUAAAAGACUCGGCCUUCCCAACACCAUCGUGCUCGGCUUUGCAGUAUAUGUCGUCCGGAUGCUGGGCUACUCCUUCAUCACCAACCCGUGGUGGUGCAUGCCCUUCGAGGCCCUGGAGUGCUUCACCGUGUCUCUCAUGAGUGCCGCUGCUGUGUCCUACGCUGCAGACCUGGCCACGCCCGCCACCCUCACCACACUGCAGGGUUUGUACGGCGGCAUCUACCACGGCGUUGGGCGAGGCUUGGGGAGUUUGGUGAGUGGCUUCCUGAUGGCUCCUUUGGGUCUGCGCAACGUGUUCAGAGUGCUGGCGCUGUUGUGUGGCGUGACGGGCGUCCUCUACUUCACCACCAACUGCUUGUUCUUCAGGAAGCUGCAGAAGAAAAGGAAGGUCAGGUUCGAACAGCUAGGAAAACCCGAUCCAAGUGACAGGCCAGCAGAAGGGGAAACAGUCACGGACACACGUCAACAAGAAGGAAGCGUAACUCGGGAGGAUGGUGAAGCUGAUGCCAUGUUGUAGGUAACGUGAUAAGCGAGUGGUCAGUGCCGAGAGAGAGAGAGAGAGAGAGAGAGAGAGAGAGAGAGUAGUGACACGUAUUUGUCAGUGUUGAUACUAUUAUUAUUAUUAUUAUCAUUAUUAUUAUUAUUAUUAUU